GAGCGCGCAGUAGAGUGGAUCGUCUUCAAAAUAAUUCCUAUACUUGUAUUGUAUCUACACGUGGUACCGAGAGCGGUAACCGUACGAAAACUUCACUCUUCAGCUUGAUGAUGACUCUUCGGAGACUUCAGUCUCAUGCUGACCAUCCGCCCAACCGGACGCGCUUUCUACCAUCCUGCCGACAGCUUUCGCUUUUGGCAUGAUUGACUCGAUUGAGAUUUUUUUUGAAAAAAACGCCUUUUUCCAAAAAACCCCAAUUCCCUUCACUUAUCUUCAAAAACCUUCAAGUCUUCUGCCUAUCCCCUAAAACUUUCGACCAAUCAUAACGAAAGGUUUUAGAUUAGUUUAAAGUGCAAGAAGAGGAACGAUGAUGAACUUGAUACCUCUAUAAUUUGCAAUCAAUGAUUAGAGUAUAAUUCGUAUUAUCAUAAGAUAGUAAUUAUAUGUACACGAUAAUUGAGGGAAUAGAAGGAAAUGAAGAAGCAAAGGACUUGAGAUACGAGUUUUGAGCAGGAAGUUGUGUGAUAAGGAGUGCGAGUUUUCUUCGAGGAUGUUUCUGAAGAUGAAAAGGGAGACGGAAAACAAGAAAUGUAAUUUGUUUCGUUUGCGAGGGGACGAUCAACUCGCGAUGGUGCGUGUGUCACGAAAGUCUAUCGAUUAUCAAAAGUAAAUCGAGACUUGUAUUCUCACUAGAGCAAUUGAUGGAAAGAAUCUUGGCUUUCGUGUCUGUGGGACAUUAUCUCUCCAGAUCAGACAGGACUCGUCGAACGAUACUUUAGUCGUUGUUUUUCUGGGACGAUUUUAUCGACGGGAAAAUCAGUGGUUGUUUUGUGAUUGUUAGGGUACAACUUGAGUAAAGAUGAUCGUUAAUAACGCUCUUUGGAGGCAGCGGCGGCUCGCCAUCCCCAAAAGGACCAGCGAGCUCGUGGCUUUGGUGGCACUCUCGAGUACACUUUUUCUCUUCUUACACACUCGAGAUCUUCACUCUCGUCUUCGGGAAAUGGAAGUUCGUCUUCAACCAGGUGAAGAUGAUUCCCUCUCCGCGAAUCAACUCUCGGCUGAUGGAGUUCAAAUUGGUUCAGGACCAAGUGGGGUCGUCCAUUACACAAAUCUUCAACAAACAAGUACAGAAGUGUUGCAGUAUAAAGAAAUCGAAUUUUUGGAUAUUGAUGCCCUGAACAAUACAAGAAGGGCCAAGAAGGAUGUUCUCUUUUUCAAUCGAGUGCCAAAAGUGGGAUCACAAACUUUCAUGGAACUUUUGCGAAGGCUAUCGAUGAGAAAUGGAUUUUUAUUCAACAAAGAUCGAGUCCAAAGAGUGGAAACAAUACGUUUGGCUCCUAUCGAGCAGCUUCAACUUGCCACAAUGGUUAGCAGUUUUGUGGAACCAUCCGUUUACGUGAAACAUGUGUGUUUUACAAACUUCACAGAAUUCAACCUACCAGAACCGAUUUACGUGAACAUGGUGCGAGAUCCUGUGGAACGUGUGAUAUCUUGGUAUUAUUACGUAAGAGCUCCUUGGUACUAUGUGGAAAGGAAACAAAUCUUCCCAGAUCUGCCGCUACCCGAUCCUAAUUGGCUAAGAAAGGACUUCGAGUCCUGCGUGUUAAACGACGAUCGAGAGUGCAAAUAUCUCGAGGGGGAAAUCCAUGAAGGAAUCGGGGAUCACCGCAGGCAGUCACUUUUUUUCUGCGGUCACAGCGAGAAAUGCACGCCUUUCAACACGAUAGGAGCACUGGAAAGAGCGAAAAUGGCUGUUGAAAAACAUUAUGCAGUAGUUGGCGUUUUGGAGGAUGUAAAUACCACGUUGGCAGUUUUAGAAAAUUAUGUACCCUUAUUCUUCGAGGGAGCAACCGACGUCUACUGGGAUCAAGUGAACUCAUUUACAAGAAUCAACAGAAACUUCUUCAAACCACCGGUGAGCGAAGAAGUGAAGGAUAUAGUGAGAAGAAAUUUCACUCGGGAAGUCGAGUUUUACCAGUUCUGCAAACAACGUCUUCAUAAGCAAUAUCGAGCUCUCAAGUUGACUUACACAACUUCAGACGGGAAUAAAAAUACACUUUGAAGAGGGAUCAAACAGUAUUUUAGAAAUGAUUCAUUGCUCGCUGGAAAUCGAGCAUAUCGUGAAUUCCGAAGAUUUUGGAAUAUUGGACCAUGACAAUUGGAAUCUACAAUUUUUUAAUAAAAUAAGCUUCUGGAAGCAAAAUUUAAAAAACCUUGUUACUGUUGUAGAAUAUCUGUAGAUAUUGAACUUUUUAUAUUUCCGUAUUGUCGUAUUAAUUAAUUACUUAAUUAAUGAAGCUUGUUUGUCUAAACAAGUAAAUGCGUGUGAUUUAGUUCAUAGGUUUAUUUCGCUUAAUUAAGUUUAUGAAUGGAGGCAUUAUCGGAAAAGUGUCCUUAUUAAUAAUUUUGAUAAAAAAAUUUUAAAAAGACAAAAAAAAGGUCUGAAGAAUGCGCUUUUUGCAUAAAUUGAUGAAAUUCCAUUAUUUUAAAAGCUUUUAUAAAAAGCUAAAAUUUUAAUUUAAGAAACAUUUUGCAAAUCGUUUAAGUUAAUAAUGUGAUAAAUUUUCAACUUUUAUCAAAAUCUUUACGUUUCAUCUUUUUAUUUUUUAAGUUUUCAUUUUAAGCAGUGAUGAAAUUGUAAUAUAGAAGAAUAUAGUUACUUCAAAGAAUUGAUUACACAAAAAUAAUAUGUUAAUUAUGUAAUUGUAAACAGAGGUAAAACUGAUAUCUUUAACUUAAGAUUCUAUGAUCUGAAGAAUUCUGUGGAACAGUAAAAAAUAAAUAUUUAAAUAAAUAUUUGCAGUAUUAAAACCUAUUAUAUUAUAUUUAAUAUUUAAAUUUACAAUAAAAAUUUGUCACUGCUUUG